CAAACCGGCGGGACUCGGAGGACAGUUGAGGGGGUUGAGCGCCAAUUUUUUCCCUAAUCAAACAUGGUGGAGGCGGCGGGGAGGGGCGGGAGCUGGUACCGGCUCUGGGUGAAACGAGAGGGGAAGGCGAGGCGUUCGGAGGCGCGCGGGUUGCGCUCGCCCGGCGGCGCGCGAAGGCGGGCAAGGCAGGGCAGGCGCAGGCGCAGUGGUGCGUCAGCGUUCCGCUUCGGCUGCCGCGAGUGUCCUGCCUGCCGUUUAUUAAACCGCUUUCGUAGUUUAGGGAAAGAAACGAUAUUAAGUCAUAAAACAGGUACUUGUUUUCAAGAAAUACAAUGGAUGACAUGCAAAAAGUUUCUAACAGCUCUUGCAAUGAUGGAUUUCUACUUAGAAUGGGCCUUAAUGAUAACAAAGCUGGAAUGGAGGGUUUGGAUAAGGAGAAGAUCAAUAAAAUCAUCAUGGAAGCUACCAAGGGGUCUAAAUUUUAUGAAAAUGAACUUAAGAAAGAUCAACAAGUUAACCAACGAAUUGAAAAAAUGAUGCAGCUGAAAGAGAAAAUUACAGCACAACAGCUCUUGAAAGCACAGAUGCAGGUGGACAAACUUGUGAUAGAACUGGAACAGAACCGUAACCUUAGCAGUACAAUUGUACACAUUGACAUGGAUGCCUUCUAUGCAGCUGUGGAAAUGAGAGACAAUCCAGAGCUGAAGGAAAAACCUAUAGCAGUGGGAUCAAUGAGUAUGUUGUCCACCUCAAAUUACCAUGCUAGAAGAUUCGGGGUGCGUGCAGCCAUGCCAGGAUUUAUUGCUAAAAGGUUAUGUCCACAUCUAACUAUAGUACCACUAAACUUUGAAAAAUACGGCAAAGUGAGUAGAGAGGUUAGAGAAAUACUGGCUGAAUAUGAUCCCAAUUUUAUGCCUAUGGGCCUAGAUGAAGCCUACCUGAACAUAACAGAACACUUGGAGGAAAGGCUGAACUGGCCUGAAGAUAGAAGAAGGUUCUUUUUUAAUACAGAAAGCACUACAGGAAUAGAUAAAGAUUGUAUGAAUGUGUCUGCCAAAUUUAAUGAAGGUGAAGUCUCUUCUUCACCAGUACUGUUUGAAGACAACUCAUCUCUGAUGGAUGGCGAACAUGAACAAAGAGGUCUGUCAGUGGAAAACUCAGUUGUCUUUGGAACUUCUGCAGAGGAAGUUGUGAAGGAAAUUCGCUUUAGGAUUGAGCAGAAAACUCAACUGACUGCUAGUGCAGGAAUAGCACCAAAUACAAUGUUAGCAAAAAUGUGCAGUGAUCGUAAUAAGCCUAAUGGCCAAUACAGAAUUUCUCCUGAGAGACUAGCAGUGCUAGACUUCUUAAAAGAUUUGCCCAUUAGAAAGGUGCCAGGUAUUGGAAAAGUAACAGAGAAGAUGUUAAAAGCCCUUGGAAUUGUAACUUGCUCAGAACUUUACCAGCAGAGGGCGCUGCUUUCUCUUCUUUUUUCAGAAGUAUCUUGGCGUCAUUUCUUGGAUAUUUCCCUUGGCUUGGGCUCAACACAUUUGGAAAAGGAUGGAGAAAGAAAAAGUAUGAGCACUGAAAGAACAUUCAGUGAAAUAAACACAGCAGAAGACCAGUACAGUUUGUGUCGAGAGCUCUGCAGAGACCUUGCUCAAGACUUACAGAAAGAGGGACUUAAGGGUAAAACAGUUACAUUGAAGCUUAAGAAUGUGAACUUCGAAGUUAAAACAAGAGCUUCAACUGUGCUGUCUUCUGUUUCUACUGAGGAGGAAAUAUUUACUGUUGCUAAAGAUUUGUUAGGAACAGAAAUUGGUAGUGUUGCUCCUCACCCUCUACGGAUAAGACUUAUGGGUGUACGAGUAUCAGGAUUUCUAACAGAAGAAGAAAAGAAAUACCAACAAAAAAGCAUUACUAGUUUCUUAAAAUCAGGAAAAGAAAUUGGUUUCUUUAGGCUUCAGCCAGAGAAGUCCAACCAAGAGUAUUUCACAAAAAAUUCAGAAGCACCUCAUAGAAGGAGUUUUUUUGAUCAAAAGCGAGCAGCAAGACAGCUAAACAGUAAUGAUGAUAAAUCACCAGCAAAUUUUGUGGAAGAAACAAAGAAAGUCACAGAUUUACCGAAUUCUAAUGUUUGUAAGAUCUUCACAUGUCCUGUGUGCUUUGAGAAGCAAAGCAGCAAUAAUUUGGAAGAACUUAAUAGACACAUUGAUGAGUGCCUCAGUGGGAUGUGUGUUAAAGAUACUAUGGAAAUAUCCAAGAACGACAGUUCAAGAAAAAAUACAUCUAACUUUCUUCCACAAUUUAAAAGUGAGUGGGUUGAUAAAUGUCAAAAAAAUGAAACAGAUCAAUUAUCAGGAAGAGACCAGUCUGCAAGUUUAUCUGACAGCUCUACUGACAAUAGCACAGAAAAAUUUGGUCAGAUAAUACCUGAUAAAUCUCCCAGAGAACGACAGCCUAGCAAUCUCAGUGACAUUGCUAGAAAUGUGUGUAUGAAACAGUGUCUCUUCCCCAAACUAAUAUCACAAGACAGUGAAGACCAUUUUGACAAGACUGAAGAUACAGAAGGAAGUAGUUCAUCCUGUUUCUUUGAAGCCAAAGAAGACAGUGUUCUUGUUUGUCCAGUUUGUAAUUUGGAACAGAAAACCACUAAUCUUAUGUCAUUUAACAGACAUGUUGAUGUCUGCUUAAAUAAAGGCCUUAUCCAGGAGCUGAUAGAAAAAGAGGAUUUUCCUACUAAGACAUAUAAUAUGAAAAACUCAAACAGAGUUUUCUCUGGAGGUUUAAGCAAAGGGCAGCCAUGCACAAAUCCAUCACAAGGAACAAAAAGGUCUGGACUAACAGCUUCACAGUCAGUAUCAAAAAAACCCAAGUCAAGCAAUUCCAAACAUACAAUCAAAAUGUUUUUUAAAUGACUGUGUAGCAAACGUGUUCUAUAUGAAGCAUUUCAUAGAGUUUUAUGACUGCAAGUUAAUUUAGCAUUGGCAGUAGGCUGGAUUCAGGUUCCUGUCAUUUUGGAACCAUUCCAUAUCUGUGUAAUAAGAACAUGAUGUCUGAGAUGAAAGAAGCGAUAAAAUGAAGGGUUUUUUCUUUUCUUUUCUUUGAAGAAUAAUACUUCUUUUCCCAAUUGUUUCCACGAAUCAGAAUUUGCUAGCACUUUGAUUUAGCUCCCUAGAAUACACAUGAAUUACUAGCUAGGGUGCUGCACUCUACUUGCUGAAGGCCAUCUUCCCACACCUGAACUUCUGUCUUCCCUAUUGUAAAAAUAAAAUAGUGAGAUUAACUGUGCGAAAACAGAGUUGAGUUGCUGGAUUUCAGCUAAUGUCUGUCUUCAUAGUGGACACAAAAAUGUGUUAGUCUCGCAGUUGCACAGGGUAAGAACAAGAACUUAGAGCACUAUGAAGCUCUUAUUGUUACUGAAAAUUACUAAAGUAAGAGUUGAUUGACCAGAUCUGAAGGACUCGUCGUGGUGAGAUGUGGGAGGCCAUGGGUCGGGCCUUGAAGUAGGAAUAUCCUGGGAAGAAACUGCUUUCUAGUUUAGGGUGAGAAACUAAAACAUUUUCCCAAGGUUCUCCAUUCCUCUCUGUAAGUCUAGCUUCAUCACUCAAAUAAUACUCCCUUCUCUGUUCUAGAAGAUUCUGUACCUCCUGUUCGCCCAUUGGCCCCUGUUCAGCACCACUACCCUCUCUGCUCUCCAUUGGCUAUAAUUGUGUCACUCCUUCCCAGCUCCUCCCUUCUCCCCUAUCCCCAUUGCUUUUUUGUAUCCAAACCCCUCCACUCAUCCCUGGUUAUAUACUUCAUCCCCUCACGGCUCUCAGUGUCUUGUGCAUGGGUCCCGUGUGCCUCUGUGAGAGAGAGCAAUAUCCUCACUCCGCGGCUCCUUGAUCUUGAGACCCUUCAACUGUGGUUAUGGACCUUCCAAUUCAUCCUACCUUCCACCUCACCUGGACUCUACUUUCCCUGGACCCUCCACUGGUGCUGUAAUAAAACCCAGUUGGAUGCCUCGAGUCAAGAGCCCUCCUUCAUUCUCUGGUUGAGUGUGCAUUUGUUCCAUCUGAGUGUAAGGUGGGCUGGAGAAGUUGGUCAUCUGGACCGGGAGGGGAUUGCUCUCGGGAAGGCAGUCACCCCAACAGCACCUGCCCAGGGGUUCCCGCAGUGAGAUAUACAGUGACUUCACUUAUUUAAAAAUAUUUUAAAAUCUGUUGAUUGAGAGGAUCCCUCCAGGAUAGUCAGAAAAGUGCUGUUUGAUCUUUGGCCUUUCCAGAUGGACUGAAAACUUUUUUACAGUUUGAAAUUGUUACCAGUGAGUAACACUAAAUUUACUCUAAAGGAAAGGUUUAAUGGUGCAAUAAUAAUGAAUGAUGUGCAAAUACAAGAUAAUGAACUUUCUUAUUGUUUAGCUAUCUUCCUCUUUUAAAUUAUUUUGUGUUUCUGAAUUAAGUGAAUUCUGUGAGUGCAUAUGUGGAAAGAGGAAUCUAAGUGCAAAUAUUUAAAAUGCUCUGUUUAGAUUUUUUUCUGUUCACACCAAAUUGUUUAAAGACAUUUUAUUAUAAUUAAAUAUUUAUCAGACAAAUAAUUUAUUAUAACAGCAUAUUUCUUAGAAGUUAUACAAACAGUGCCAUGCCCUGUAGGAAAUAUAAAUUGCUUUUUUAACUCUAAGGUCUUUUAAAGAGCAGGCUGCAGUAGAAGCAUCUAUUUUGCUGUUCAACUGUAUUGGGAUUUGCUUGCUUUUUAAACAAACCAAUGUAUACGUGGUAUGUAUUAGCUGCCCAAGCUCAGUUCAGAAUAUGCUUUCCUGUUUCCAGAAUUGCUGGAAUGAUUACACCAUCUCUACCUGCUUACCUUUUUGUUUGUCAGAUGCCACUGUGCCCACAGCUCUGUCAUUUGAAUUCAUGUCAGUGCUCCCUUAUCUUCUUUGGACCAAAUCAGCAGGACUGGUUCAGACUGUAAAUUGAUUCAGUCAACUGCUUCAAACUGGGUCAGUGAGCACUAAGCAUGAGCUGUUCUAUUGACAGACAUGGGAACUUCUGGUAGGAAGGAUGUAAAAGCAACUGAGGGAACAUAAGUGUGCCAACUGCUGUUUAGAAAAAACUGCUGUUUAGAAAGUGAAUGCUUAUUCCUUUUUUAGUUUGUAUCUCUGAUUCAAUAAAGUGUAGCA